UUCUCGUUUUCUCUCACUCGCUACGCUACAGCAGCUAAAAAGGUGCUCCUUUUACUUCUUGCUCUCAUGGAGGCAGCAGGCGGCGGUCGAUCGCCGCCGCGGCUGGUCGCCGAUCGAGUCUACGCGGCCGCGGGCGGCGACGUGCAGAAGGGCAGGUCGACCCUCUCGCGGGCGCUACAGAAUUUGGGCGGCCGCUUCCGCAUCCUCCGUGCUCAACAGCCUCCCGAGGACGAUGAUGACGAUGAUCGCGACCCUCGCGACCCAUCUCUGAAUCAGUCGCAUGACUUUGGCAUCAGGACUCCUCAAGAACUUGCGAGGCAGAACAUGAAUGGGGCAAGAUGCUGGACAAGUACAUUCACAUUUGUUUCUGUGGAGAAAAGAUAUAUCGAGAUGCAAGAUAUAGGGAAGGGGAUACCGCAACUUAUUGAGCAGCAUGCCAUUGAGAAACUGAUUACGGGAGCAGCAACAGACAAGCGCUAUUUUGUUGGGAUGGCACAACUUAAAUCCACAAGCUCAAUAUUUGUCAACCAGCAGGCGGAUCCAUCUUGUUACAUUUGGUUUAUCUGCAAGCGACAGCUAAUUUAUGUAAGGUAACACAACAUGACUGUAU